AUGGCUGGAAAUUUUCCAACUUUGAUGAAAAAUACUCAUAAGGAUGUACAAGAAGCUCAACAAACUCCAGGCGGGAUUGUUGAUAAGGAUCUUCGUCACUACCUCAACUUACGAUUUCAGAAGGGUUCUGUGGACCACGAACUUCAGCAAAUCAUUCGUGACAACCUCUACCUCCGCACAGUGCCAUGCACCACAAGGCCACAUAAGGAGGGUGAGGUCCCUGGAGUGGACUAUAUUUUCAUCACUGUUGAAGAUUUCAUGGAAUUGGAGAAAAGUGGUGCUCUCCUAGAAAGUGGGACUUAUGAAGACAAUUACUACGGUACCCCGAAGCCUCCAGCAGAACCAGCACCAUUAUUAUUAAAUGUAACAGAUCAGAUACUUCCCGGAGCCACUCCAAGUGCUGAAGGAAAACGGAAGAGGAAUAAAUCAGUGAGCAACAUGGAGAAAGCCAGUAUAGAGCCUCCUGAGGAGGAAGAGGAAGAGAGGCCUGUGGUCAAUGGAAAUGGAGUAGUGGUAACACCAGAAUCCAGUGAACAUGAAGACAAGAGUGCAGGUGCCUCAGGGGAGACACCCUCCCAGCCUUAUCCUGCACCAGUGUACAGUCAGCCCGAGGAGCUGAAGGAGCAGAUGGAUGAUGCAAAACCAACUAAACCUGAAGAGAAUGAGGAAUCAGACCCAUUGCCUGAUAACUGGGAAAUGGCCUAUACAGAGAAGGGUGAAGUUUACUUCAUUGACCAUAACACAAAGACAACAUCAUGGCUGGAUCCACGACUUGCGAAAAAGGCUAAACCUCCAGAAGAGUGCAAAGAAAAUG